UACUUCUGUUUUUGAACCGAAGAGACAGAGACUUCUUCGUCUUCUUCAUCGUCGUUGUGUGGAGACUUCUCCUCCUUAGGUUUAUAGAGUACAUACCUAACUUCAUUUUACAUAGAGAGAGAGAGAGAGAUCAGAAGAAGAAACAAAAUCGUGAAAAGGUGGAAACUUUUUAAAGAGUAAGGAGAUUGAAAUUACACAGAAGGAAACGUUUAUAUGCGUGGAUAGAUAUCGAUACGUAUACUCCUGGAGUGUUAUAUACGUCUCUUUGAGUGUUUGUGUCUCUCUCUCAGUUGUUCUUUCGCUGAAAGUUGGGAUCUUUGGGGGCGGUCUGUGUGAUCCGGCGCCGUUUAGAAGUUUAUGAUCCAGGUUACGACUUCUAGCUACCAAGUGGAGCUUUUCGGUCUAGCUGAAGAAGCUUGUUUGUACCCCCAGUGGAUUAAGAAAUAUUUGAGGUUGAGGUGUUGAAGUAUGCAAUAAAGUUUUUUUUUUAUGAGAUGAAGGCAAUUAAAGGGUGGCUUCUAGGAAGAACAAGUUAUAUGCAGUCCUUGCCUGGUGGUGCUCGCCACCACCGUUCUCCUACAAACAAACCAGUAUGGAUCAUCGCAGUUGUUUCUCUGAUUACACUGUUUGUAAUUGGUGCUUACAUGUUCCCUCGUCACCGCAAAGCUGCUUGUUAUAUGUUCUCAUCUAAGGGAUGCAAGGCGCUUACCGAUUGGCUUCCACCCUCAGUGAGGGAGUUUUCCGAUGACGAGAUCGCAGCUCGUGUAGUGAUUAGCGAAAUGUUGAGCUCCCCUCGUGUCAUCAAGAAGACUUCUAAGAUUGCAUUUAUGUUCUUAACACCUGGUACAUUGCCUUUUGAAAAGUUAUGGGACCUCUUCUUCGAGGGUCAUGAGGGGAAAUUCUCUGUGUAUAUCCAUGCAUCAAAGGAUACGCCGGUUCACACCAGUCGUUACUUUCUUAACCGUGAAAUCCGAAGUGAUGAGGUGAUCUGGGGUAGAAUAUCAAUGAUUGAUGCCGAGAGACGUUUAUUGACCAAUGCUCUUAGAGAUCCUGAAAAUCAGCAAUUUGUUUUGCUCUCUGAUAGUUGUGUGCCACUCCGAAGCUUUGAAUACAUGUACAACUAUAUGAUGUACAGCAAUGUCAGCUAUGUUGACUGCUUUGAGGAUCCUGGUCCACAUGGAACCGGCAGGCAUAUGGAUCACAUGUUGCCGGAAAUUCCAAAGGAAGAUUUUCGAAAGGGUGCACAGUGGUUCUCAAUGAAGCGUCAGCAUGCUGUAAUAACUGUCUCUGACAGUCUUUACUACACAAAAUUCCGGGACUAUUGUCGGCCAGGUGUAGAGAAAAACAAGAACUGCAUAGCUGAUGAACACUACUUACCAACAUUUUUUCAUAUGCUUGAUCCUGGUGGCAUUGCUAACUGGACUGUAACAUAUGUUGAUUGGUCUGAGAAAAAGUGGCAUCCAAGAACAUACAUGCCCAACGAUGUCACGCUCGAGUUACUGAAGAAUCUCACGUCCAUUGACGCAGUUUCACGGGUAACAAGUGAAGGAACGGGUGAAGUAACAUGGACAUCUUGCAUGUGGAACGGAAUCAAAAGACCUUGUUAUCUCUUUGGAAGGAAAUUCCAUGCAGCUACUCUCAACAAACUGAUUGACCUCUUCUCAAACUACACAACCAUGGCAUGAACCUCUCACAACAAGGCGUUUUGAUUGAUGGAUUAAAUGCAAAGCAUAAGAAGGUAUUCUUUUGACUCGGAUUCUUUGACCAGCGUCCCAUUACAUUCUAAGGAACCAAGUUUUGAACUUGAGGAAUAGAAACCCUAGAAGAUGUAACUCACUCACUGCAAAGUCCUUUUAAGAGAAGAGAAAAUCAUUGUGGUCUUGAGAAGCAUAGGAACUGUGUGUAUUUCAUCUGGUUGGGGACUACAUCUCAUUGUUAUUUAUAUAAAAAAUCUUACCAGA